GCCGACCAGCUGAUAGAGACAGAUUAACUCGUUUACAAUUUGCAGCGUAGAAAAAGUUUUGGGUGUUUGUAAAAAAAACGCUUUUAAAUGCAUUCAAACAAUGAUUUCCACCAACAAACACACAAGGAAGAUGUUUAACUACAAUUGGAACAAGAAAGUGCUGAGCGCGUGUAGUGCCAAGUGCUGAUUUGUGUGAACGCGUGAAAGCUCGUAUCCUUAUUGAUUUUUACUUUGCCUCCGCCGGAGACUGGUCGCUACGCAUUGUUUAUUAUUAUUGUUUCGUGCAGUUCGCAGGAGCCACACGACACGAAACUGCGUUGCAAACAUGCAGAUGCAGCCGAACUGGUAUUAGCUGCUUAAACCAACAUUGAUCGCUGCAUCGAAAUAAACACACACCCGAGUCAUUCCCUUGGUGUGAGACGCUGUCGCGGGCGGGUUAGGAGGAUACGGUCUGCGACCAGAGCAGAGAUAUGGGCGGCCAGGUUAGCCAGGUGUUUCGCUCGGGCUCGGCUCUGCUGUCACAUCGGGAUGGGCACAAAGUGUCCAAGGCAACGGAAGAGAAAAUUCAAACACUUUUCGAAAUACUGCGUGCAAAUCCAAAAAUCUCAUUACAAACGCUUGAAAGUCUGCUGAUACAGAUACCCAAAAAUGAGAAUAUCUUGUAUAUACACGACGAUUGUGGCUACAAUAUACUGCAGCGCAGCGUUGGACUCAAUCACAUCGAUCUCACCAAAUGGCUGCUGCAUCGCCAUCGACCCGAUGUCAACCGGGCGCCAUGCUCCCUGCCCCUGCACAUAGCCACGCUGCGCGGCUACGAGGAGUGUGUGGAGCUGCUGCUGCGACAUGGUGCACGCAUCGAUGCCGAUACACGCAUGUGCUUCCCGGGCGCACAUUCGCACAACUGCGAGGAGAGCGGCAAGUGGCACAGCAACGUGGACGAUGUCAGCGAACGGCUGAACACCAAGCUGCAGAAUGCCCUCUGCUAUGCGAUCGACGGCGAUCAGUAUAAUGUGCUUAGCAUGAUGACGCAGAAGAUGGAGGAGCCAUGGAUACCAUUUCGGGCCAAGAAGCCGCUGCUGCAUUUGGCAUGCGAGCGAGGCGCGUGGAACUGUGUCCAGCAGCUGGUCGUGACACGAUCCGAGGAAAUAAACCUGAUCAUGGACGAAUACUAUCCCAUACACCAUGCUGUGCUCCACGACGGACGCUUUCUGGAGCUGCUCAUACAACACGGCGCCAUUACCACAGUCCGGACGUGCACACAGCAGAUGACCCUGCUGCAUGUUGUAAUUUUUGCUGCCCGAAAAUCGGCGGAGGAUACGCAGGCAACGUUGCGCAUUCUGCUUGAUCGCGGCUGCAAGGAGCUGAUUAACGCACCGGACACGCUGGGCAAUACGCCGCUGCAUGCGUUGAUCGUGCGCUAUGCUCUGGAGGAGGCACGCUAUGGCUACGACAAGUGGAGCAAAUGGGAUGUUUUGCAUUUGGUUAGAUUUCUACUGCAAAACGGCGCCAAGCCGUCCAUCAAUCAGGCCGGCAACAGCGCCAUGGCCUGCGUAUUUCGUCAUCUGCGCGACUGGGAGGUCUGCUACGAGCUACUCAACAUGCUUAUCAAAGAGGACGGUGAUCCCAACAUUGUCGGCCGCGACGGCUCAGUGCCCAUAAUGGUGCUGCUGGUGCCGCUCAUCAACAAGGAUCAUCUGCAUCACUUUACGCAUUCAAUGAAGGUCUGCUAUCUGAACUGCAUACGGAUAUUGCUGCAGCAUGGCGCCAAUCCGAACUGUUCGUAUCGGGCGAACUUGAAACCGUUGCACGUGCUGGUCUUUACGGUCAGCGAAAAUUUUACGCUUAACUGUGAUGCACAGAAACGCACAAACUUUGACUUUAUAAAGAACAUACUGCUGCUACUGCUGCAGCAUGGCCUCGACUGCAAUAAAACAUAUCAGCACAUUCUGCAGGCCGUUAUGGAUAUGGUGCAGAAUGUGCGAACUUGCCAGGAUAUGGAAUGCAUAUAUGAGCUGACCCUCACGCUUAUACAGUACGGCGCCGAUCCCAAUAUUGUGCUCAGCAGCAAGACAACGCCUGGCAUUGCAAUCUUUUCCAGCGAAAUUGCCAGCUACGGCGAGGCGCUAGGAAGUGGAGCUGGAGGUGGCGGCGGCGGAGGAGGAGCCGCUGCUGCAUUGGGCGACAACACGUUUCGCAACUCGUUUCGCACCAACUCACGCUAUUUGCUUUUUUACUAUAUUAUACUGAUAACGAAGAAGGAAUUUAUACUCAACGAUCCGCAAUCGACAUUCACGCGCAUCAUUCAUCUCUUCUAUCUUACCAUGGAGCACGAGCCCCUCUACAAUUGCCUCAAGUCUCUGCACAACUUCUACGUAGCCCAAGUGCCGCACAAGAAAACCGAACAAUUGAUUGCGUUAAUCUCGACGCUGUAUCGUCGGCCGCGCAGCCUCAAGCAGCUGGCCCGGAUGGCCAUCUAUGAGGCAAUGAAUCGGAAGCUGGCGCAGAAUGUGAAUCGCUUGAAUUUGCCGGGACCGCUUAAGGAUUAUGUGCUACAAUUCGAGAGAUAACUAGUGCAAAGGCAUUCAGGACAUAACUUCAACUAUUUUGUAGCUAAAUGUAGCUAUUCUCAGAGUAAAAAGCUAAAAGUUUAAAAUUGUUCGCUGAUUUUUGGCCUCUUUAUCGCUAAAUUGUGCUAAAAAGCUAAUUCAACUCUUUUUAAACCUCUGAUUCGGCUACUUUUUCGAAGCGGCAAUUGUCAAGCAAUUCAAAUACU